AUGCUCAAAAUGCCAAGUCAAGCUCGCUGCGACAGAGUUCCCCCCACAGAUGGGGUAUGGGGCCCAGUGGACCUGAGAGUCUUACAAGAAGAUGAUUUACCUUUAGACCCUCGGAGCUGGUGUCGCGCCGACGUGGGCAUCUGGGUCUCUCGUCGAGGUGGUCUACCCGAACGGUUUCCCAUGAACGGGAAGGCACUGUGUCUCAUGUCCAAAGAUAUGUUUGCUGCCAGGGUGCCGAAGGGCGGUGAAGCAUUACAUCAGGACUUUAGACGCCGUCUGGCCAAAGCUCUUGCUCUACAAGAACUGCUAGAAAAACUGCAAGCGAAGUGA